CCCUCAAACCAAUCAAAAGUUGAAUCUUUUCGUUUGAACGAGCCACUAAAUCGAUUCCAUUAAUUGGACGCAAGAAUGGAAAACAUUUCUGUUGUAAUUUUCUUUGUUGUCAUUUCAGUUGCUUUUUGCUGGACCGUCCGUCACGAAAACCCAAAUCGUUCAUUUGAUGUCAAUCCUCUUUCAGCUCGGAUCCUGUUGAGCAACAACUUUGAAAGUGGAUCCGCCGAUCCUUGGAACGACAGUUCAACGCCCUCCAGCGUCUAUUGGAAUGUCGAGGAUUUCUCUACUCCGACUGAAGUGAAUUACCCGCCGCCGACUCUCUCAGGCACCAAAUACCUUCGAGCUACCCGCAACUCGCAAUCGUCUGCCGGUCUUGUCAUAUUGCGUACAGUGACAUUCACGGCCUUUCCCGGUGACACGAUGACGUUUGACUUUUGGAUUCGGUCCCGAUACGCCAGCGGCAACGCUUUAGAGGUUGUGAUGGCCGCAGUUGCGUUUGAAACGACGAUCCUGACAUUGACGAGUUAUUCUACGGCCGAGAAUUUUGAUUGGCGCCCAGCCUCUGUCUCCCUCCCCGUGUCGGAACCGACUGGUGUGACAUUGAUAUUUUACGGGUAUUGUGGGUCAAACAUAGAAGAUGCCAUCGCCAUUGACAACAUUGUGCUAGAAACCCAAGACAUCUCUACAACCGAGAUGGUGACAACGACCACUACUACACCGACGACGACCCCCCAGUCACCUAUUAAGAGGACGGUUGUAUUCAUCUACAAGGUGACGCAAGUUGGGCAAGAUUUGUUAUUCGUGGAGGAAUGGACGUCACAUUCGUUCACCCUAUUUGCCAGGAUGACGUUAACGCAGAGACCUCAGCAUGCGCCGUUUCUAUUCAAGUAA